ACCUCCUUAAUUUUUUGACGUCAACAAUUAUUUUCAACAAUAACACCACAUAAUGGCGAAAGAUAAAGAAGAACAAAACGAAGAAAACCCUUCACCUUUAUCAUGUUUCAAGAACAUCUCAUUUCCAUUCAACACAAUUUUCUUGAUCGCAAACUCGAUUUUCCUAGCCACAUCAGCUUUCUGGUUUGUGACCGUCUCAAUGUUACAUUACAAGACGGAUGAAUGUAACCGGUUCGUGACAACUCCCGGAAUCUUCGUGAGCUUCUCAUUGCUAUUCAUGACUCUCGCAGGCUUCUAUGCCGCUUACUACAAAUCCGAUUGUCUCUUCCGAAUCCACUUCUUCAUCUUCUUCUUGUGGAUGUUCGUGGUCGUGGCUAAAGCCGUUUUCGUUUACCGUCUCAAUAACGAGACCGAUCCUAGGCUGUACCCUGGGACGAAGAUACAUGAGUUUAGGUUGGAGGAUUACUCGGGAUGGGUACGUAGAUUGGUCAUCAAAGACGAUGAAUGGUAUCGUACUAGGAGAUGUCUUGUUAAGGGCAAUGUUUGUAACAAACUAUUCUCUAACCAAAACAUGUCGGCUUCUGAGUUUCGUCAGAUGAAUCUAACUCCUAUACAGUCGGGUUGCUGCAAACCACCGCUUUCAUGUGGAUUAACUUACGUGAAACCAAACAUUUGGACAAUGUCAAGAUAUCAUAACAACGUUGAAGAUGAUUGCAAGACAUGGAACAAUACGGCAAACACAUUAUGCUUCGAUUGCGAUUCAUGUAAAGCCGUGACUAUUGCAGAUUUACAUAAUACUUCAUUUUCCUUAACAUUUAAUAUCCUUCAUAUCGUAUUUAGUCUUUCCAUUGGCGUUGUUGGUUGGUUUGCUUGGUUAAGGAUCCUUCGAGAAACUGAGAACUAGCUAGACUUUAAUUCUAACAUAUGUAUAAAUAUAUCUUUCUCUUGUUUUAUUUUUCUUGUACAGUCUCGAUUCUUUACCGAUAUGCUGCAUGUGAAGUCAAUCGACUCUUUUAGUUUUCAUA